ACGGUAGAUAGAAAUUAAAAUUCACCUGAACACACGGCAAACACAAUUCAUACUCAUGAUGCAGUCCCAGGAUGAGAGUUUAGGGGAUGGAGGCUCCACCGUGCUCCCACAGACUGAGAAUACAUCAGAGGAUCCAAGUGUUGGGGCUGAACAGACCAUAGACCAUAGUGCACCCCUUUAUUUGGACCAUGAACAGAUCAGCAAACGCUUUACGGAACUGUUACACCUUUUCGAUAGCUGCGCAAAGAUCAUGGACGGAGAACGGAAUCGUCAGGGCCAUGAUCAUGAUGAGGGGCUCAAGGUUUCGCCGGAAACUGUGACGGACAGCACUAUAAAGGCUGCCACCAGCGAGGUGAGCAUACAAACGUCUUGGUCCCUGCUGGAACAGCAGAAGAAGGACUGCCGAACAGUUGAGGAAGGAUUGUCUGUGUCCGCCAAGGAACCGCCCAGCCAGGUUCAGCAGCAUACCAUCCACAUCGAGGUGGAAAGGGUGCCAUCGGAGACAGAAAUGCAACGGGCGCCACUGCGCCAGAGAUUUGCCAACAUUUUAGUGCAAACCUUGGACGCAAUAAUCGGCUGCAUGUUCAUGGUCGGCGGCAACAUCACCUACUUGAUGCUGCUGAGUGUCCUGUGCAUUUGGUGCUACUAUCGGUGACCAGGGCAAUAAAAUGCACUCUUCUUUUCCUUUUCUAAAA